CGCAUGCGAAGUCGAAAAGUCAUACGCGGUGAGAUUUUGCCGCCUGGUUUUCCGGUAUGACCAACUCUUGGUGAUAUACGACAACUGGGAAUCGAUUUGAGGCUUUUUUGCUUCAAUCGAAUGCCGAACGAUUCCUUUUGGAACAGACAGUACAGCUACAAGCUACAUGCAAAAUGCCAAGACCAAGACUGUUCACACGCUCUGUUCUAACCAGACGUCCAAUCAACAUGACAUUAAAUUUAGAGUGUACAGAAGAUCCUCUCAGUGAAGCACAAUUGAUAUCAAGGACAAAACUAAAAGAAGAUUAUGAUAGAGUUGCAGCUAUCUUAGAAGAACUAGUUAAAGAUCAUGACAGUAAAUUGGUAUGUCAAGCAGGUGUUGUCAGCGGUUAUCAAUACACAUUACCUACAAACCCAACAGCAACAUCGACAGUAAUUCAGAAUAAUCCUCAGAUUUUAAAUGUUGCCCAGCAAAACAAAAAUUCAACUCCAAUCAAACUAAAUAUUAGUAAUCCAACUGGAUCUCAAGGGAACAUUCAACUAGUAGUUGAUCCACGUAUGGGAGUUAUUGUAGGACCUGUUACACAAACCCAAGGAACAACUACAACUACAUCUACAUCUACAUCUGUGGUUUCAACCGCUACGCAACCUCAACAAGAAAAUUACAAGUAUACCAGGUCUGGACGGAGAACAAAAGUUCUUCAACUACAACAACCUGAUAUUAUAGAAGAGACUACACCCACAGUUACUCGUUUGAGACCAAAGACUGGACCAGCAACGCAUGUUGUUACAUCAACUCCUACAAUCCCACAAGGUACAACAAAUCUUAGGAUAAAAACUGUUAAUAAACAACAAACAGUAAGUCAACCAACUGUCAAACCUACUGAACACACUAGUAUAGGAGGAAUAUCUGUUGGCUAUAAUACAGUCAGUGAACAAAUUGAUGAAGUCAAGAAGAAUCAGCCUGAUGGCAGAGAAUUUACGUUUAACAAAACUACCGGCGGUCGAACUUUUCCAUCUCUAGUAGUAGUAGCAAGGCCAAACUUAUAUAGUAAAGAUAUCGGAUCGCAAAUUGCACAAAAAGAAAGACAAGCAUUAGAUGCUAAAGUUAAAAGUGUGCUCAUGUUUUCUGCUACAAAAUUCGCCGAAUGGUUAAUACAACAGGGUUUAGUAAGAUCGGAACAAUAUUGUUUACAACAUAGCUCAAAUUAUCAAAAGACUAAACUCAAGUUAGGAAUGUACAGCGAUCAAGGAACAUUCCCGUAUUCCGGUGGUUAUGUUUGGAUAUCUAGUUGUUGUCCUGAUAAAUUUGUUUCUGUUUUUUCUGGUUCUCUCUUUCAAGGGGCUCCUUACACACCUACAGUUUUGUUAAAGUUAAUUUAUCAUUGGGCAUGUCAGACUAAUGUGCAAAAUGUAGUCUCCUGGGUGAAAGUGUCUAACUUAUAUUUGAAAAACUUUUAUACGAAUCUACGUAGCAUUUGUACAGCAGCAGUAUGGGACAAGAGUCGUAAAAUGGGCGGUAAAAAUUCUGUGAUACAGAUUGGUGUAAUUAGUCUGGGUACCACAUCACAAGAUGGACAUUUGCGACAGGUGAAAGUUGAGGUUCUUGGUGUUCUGGAUCCAUCUACAUUGGACAUACGAUUGCGCGCUUGCGAACCAAUGCAGAACGGAGAUAGGUCAUUCAAAAGACGGUUUAUAAAUAUCUUACAUCCAUUGAAAGAAUGGGUUCAUACAGACUCGAAAAUAAUGACUGACUUUACUGUUGACAAAAGUACCCUGCAUGAUAUGGGUUACAAUCAUGUCAUGCAAUCUGCGUUUGCAGAACAGACAUCUAGAAACUUAAUGAGUAAUUACCAUAUUAUGGAAUAUCUUAGAAAAAUUGUGCCGAGAAUGUUUCAAAAUACAUUGAGUUUGCUCAGUAGACAAAUGAUACAACAGUUCUUAGAUGAAUUAAUAUGGAGAGAGAUGUAUGGAGGUACAUCGGAACGUGCAUUUGACAAUAUUAUUCGGCACAUCGCGGAACAGACUAAACUCGAUUCUAAUGAUAAUCUGUUAGAUCGUUUAGCAAAAAUUGCUGCUAAUCCAUUUCAUAAUUGGUCUUAUUCAAGCAAUCAAUCACCAAUGGAUAUCAGUAGUAUACCAGUGAUAUCUACAAAAGAUUCAAUUCCAAUAACUGAUGUAACAUUAUCUCAGAAUAUUAAAAUCCCUGAUACAAUUUCAAUAAAACCUAAUCUGAAACGGGGAAGAAAACGAAUUCAUACUGUAACAACUUCAGAACACGAAUCGCAAAGAACUGCGAUCGAUUUCAAGAAUAAUAAAGAAAAAGAAAAAGACAAUAGAGACGAAAAGGAAUCGAAAGAUCAAAUUCAGCUCCAAGAAUUGUAUUAUGCUACAAUGGAAGGUGAUAAAAACUUGAUCUUAAAAGAACACAGAUCUCCAUUAUAUUUCAAGUGUUUCCUCUGCACAACGGUGAUGAGAUCUAAUACCGAAGUGAUGGAACAUAUGGUUAGUCAUGUACCUCCACAAGUGCCCGGUCAAUCGGAAUUGUCGGUAUGCCGCUAUUGUUGCACCGCGCUUUCAUCGCAGCAUCAAAUGCUUACGCAUGUGACAGAAACACAUAGCAAUUUUGGACAUUCUGAUGGUCUUAUGGUAAUUUGCGCUAUUUGUGAAGAGAAAUUCGGAAAAAGCAAAUCGUUAAUCGAGCAUCUGUCAUUAAUGCAUCAUCCUUCCGAGAUGCCAUAUCGUUGUGAAAGUUGCGGUUAUCGCACAUCCAGUCAUAAGGAUGUCAUAGAUCAUUAUUAUAAAGUCCACGAUAAAGGCGACGGAUUGCAAUGCCCUUAUUGUCUCAAGGUAAUACAAUUUGUGAACGAUGGUAAUCCAAGCGCGUCCAAUGUUCAUGCUUACUUGUCGCACAUGCAAAGGCACAUUGUAAGAAGGGAUCAAGGAAAAGGCAACAAGUGUUCAAAAUGUUGCCUCUGGUUCAAUCAAAAAAGUUCGUUGACGAUACAUCAGCGAGAAUUACAUGAUUAUAUUUUUAAUUCAAAAGCAAUACCAUAUUCUGCUGGUAAAAGUGGAAUAAUAGUCCCAAAAGAACGGCCAGAAGUGGUACGAUUUACUAUAGAUAGUCCACUGCCCGAGUUACCACCGGAUGAAAAAAUACAAAAAUGGAGUACUGGGCCAAUAACAGUGAACACUUCCAUUAGAUAUUUAGCAUGCCAAGAAUGUGAAGAAGAUAUUGAUGAAGAAGAUCAUUAUCCAGGCGAACAGCGAUGUCAACAGUGCCGUUAUGUCACAUGCUGUUGGCGUGCAUUCCAAGAACAUCAACAACAAAUCCAUAAUGAAAGGCCGAAGACCGGUUUGAUCGUACCAUCUCCUUUAAUUAACAUCCCGCUAGAAAAGAAACUACAGUGUCCGUGUGGUUACACGUCGACUGACGGCAAUCAAUUAGCAAGACACUUGACAAAAUGUAAAAAGGUAUUAGCACGUCCCAUUGAAGAAUCGGCACCAUCUGGUAUGCUCGACAGUUUAGGAUUAGUUCCGCGAACCUCUUCUGAGGAAACUGAAGCAUAUGAGAAAUUCAAUUCACGCAAUUAAUUGACAUAAAAACAAAAAUAUAAUUGCUAUUAAUGAGAUAAUUGCUGUAUUAAGAUGACUGAGGUAUAUAAACAGAUAUGAAACUCUUCUAUGAAAAAAAUAUGUAAAACAUGACUUUAUCUAGUUAAUAAGAAUCUGCUAUAUUAAA